AUGACGUCGUCGACUACUUCAUCCACCGUAUCGCACAGCGUGCCGUCCCUGCCAUUCGCAAGUAAACUAAGUGAACAGUUAUCGCAACGGAAGGAACAAGGUGAAUCUGCAACCGAUACAGAAACUUCAGGAAAAUCUGCUUCACUUGGACCACCAUUGCGCCCUUCACCGAAGUCACGGUCGUUGUCCGACGCGCCAAAACCGAUAUCUGCACGUUCCACCUCCGAAGAACACCGGCCGUCGAGUAAAGAUGAUAACUCUCUUUCAUCUACACCAGAAACACCUCAUCGGCCUUUCAUGCAUGGCUUACCUCUAAACUUGCCUUCAAAACCAUCCGGAUCCUCGUCCUUAUCUAGCCGUGCUCCACUCUCCCCGAAGCUUGAUUCGUCCCAGAUCUACGGCUCCCCAGGCUCUGUCCUCCCUCGACGCUCCCGUGGCCUCGACUUUUCUCGAGCUUGUACUAACCUUCAUCAUUCUACGCUUGCCGAAUCAUCGCCCGAUUCUUCACCAACGAUUGGUGGGCGGGGAAUGACAAUCCCCCAACGUCGUGGUUCUAUGGGAUCGACUUCGGUACCUCCGUUUUCUACAUCCGGGCCAGCGGAUAGAACGGCCAUUUCAAGCUCUGUAUCAAGUGUGAACAUGAUGGAAUCAGAUACCAGCAGCAGUGAGGAAGAUGACGAACCGAUGAUUGGCGAUAGGGACGACAUGAUAAUGAAUACACCCCAAGCCAACAAGAUGAAUCAUUUUGCAGUGGGCAAUGUGCCCAGUCCGGGUAACGAUUGGAUGGUGGGACGCAGUAGACAUAGCUCUAGCAGUGCCAGCGGAAACAGUUCGAAACCCAGCCCUGGCCCGCUGUCUCCACCGGUGAUGAAGAGCAUCGAGAAUCAGAAUGGUUACUUUGGCUCACGGUCUAGCUUGAGUGCACGGCGUGAAAGCUUGAGUUUGGGUACUCGCGAUCUUCGUCUCUCAGAUUUGAGUGAUGAAGGGGAAAACCGAGGUAACAGCCCAGGUACCUCGAACUCCGAAGGCGGGCCCUUGGGUGUUAUUCGACGAGCUGUUACACGUAGAAGUAGUUUAUUGCCAAAGACGAAGACCUUCGCACGUAUACGAGCCGCACUGAUGGAGGAAUCGGCCCCUAUCGACUGUGAGGCAAAGCGGGAAGCUGAGGUCAUUCGGCAGGUCCGGGAGAGCGAGCCAGAAAUUCCGCAGACGUCCCCCAGUUUGGAUGCCCUCUCGUCAAGUAAUCUCUUCCAGCCAACUGAUCUGCACCGGAAUCUGGAUGACGUGCCGGCGAAAACUGGGACCUCUGUCCCCGAUGAACCUAGCUUUAGCGAGGAAGCCCACCGAAAUUCUGCUGGUGCUGAGUUUUGGAAUUCUUUUGAUGAACGGUAUCGUACGCCACCGCCGCCGCCUUUACGUCAGAUGGGAACUUCGGUAUCUGAGGACGACCUCUCCAUGGAUAUCACGCCCUCAACUACCGUGGGAUCGACAUCUGAGUUUGCGAAACCGAGCGAGAGGCCCAGCUCACGCUGUUCGACUCCAAUCGCAACUCAACCAAUCUCGAUAUUGGAAUUCAAAAGGAAACGGCGCCGUGAGGACGAUUUCGAUCCGAACCUGUUCAAGCGAAGGGCGGUAUCUCCGAGUAUGAGCGUCCAGAGUAGUCCGGUGAUGCCUAAUUCACCUGCCGUGAGGGAUACGGGCAGCAGCAUUUGGGGUCCACCCAAAGCCAACAUCGGCUCUCUCUUCCCUGACCAGCCGAGCACUGAAAGCGGUACCCGGAAUCCAUCUACACCCAAGCAUACAGGCCAUCUGAAGCGAGUGGGCCUGCAAGGGAUGACUGAAACGAACGAUGGACUCAUGAAUAUGAGCAUCGAGUGA